GUGACGUCACCCUGACGUAAAUCCAGCACUGGUGGCGGACCGUUGGACGCCGGUUGAGAUGGAGUGAAGUUCAUUCAAACGACGGGAAGUUUACCUCAGAACCCGUUAAAAACGAGGCUUAGAAACAUUUCCCGUGAUCAUAAGACGAUUUGAUCCACAACUUUUUUUAAUGGCCGUACAAUGAAGGCCCAACUUCAGAUAACAGUUCUGUCUGCUAAGCUGCGGGACGGUAAGAAGAAUUGGUUUGGACCCAGUCCUUACGUCGAGGUUUGUGUGGAUGGCCAGUCCAAGAAGACGGAGAAAUGCACCAACACGCACAGUCCCAAAUGGAAACAGUCUCUCACUGUGAUCGUCACCCCUUUCAGCAAGUUAAUUUUCCGGGUUUGGAGUCACCAGACGCUUAAAGCAGAUAUUUUGCUUGGCAUGGCCUCUCUGGAGCUCAGCGAGACGUUAAAAGCCAACGACAUGAAGAUUUGUGAGAUGGUGCAGACGCUGCAGUUGACUUCAGACCGAGAGCAUUCAGAAGUGGUUGGAGAUCUCUCCGUGUGUCUCGAUGGACUGCAGGUGGAUCUCGAGACGUUUUCUUCUGAGGAACAAAAGCACAAUGCUGUUGUGAACGCAGGAUCCACACUGAACGGAGAUGUAGCAGGAAGGCGAGACUCCUCCCCAUCUGGUGACAUCACUGAUGAUGCGGCGCUGCCCAACGGUCAUGCUGUGGGAAGCCCGGGGUCUUCCUCUCCAUCAGCAGCGGCUCUGAGACCCCCCCGCACACCUCGAGCCCAGCGGCCACACAAACCUUCCUCCACAGCGUCCUCUGCUGGCUCGACUCCGACUCACGGCAGCAGCGCUCCCAGCCCCGAAACAUCUCCACAGGUGUGUGUGAACGGAGAAACUGAGACUCGGGGGUCAGAUCAGGCUCCCAGCGUCAGUCCAACGCCUCCCAGAGCUCCUCUGAUCAGUAACGGCCUUCUUCCUCCUGGCUGGGAGCAGAGAGUGGAUGCGAAUGACCGCGUUUACUACGUGGAUCACAUUGAGAAACGAACCACAUGGGAAAGACCAGAACCGCUGCCACAAGGCUGGGAGCGUCGUCUGGACCCGAUGGGCCGGGUGUAUUUUGUGGAUCAUAUAAACAGAACCACCACGUGGCAGAGACCCACGCUGGAGUCGGUGAGAAACUACGAGGAGUGGCAGAACCAGCGCAGUCAGCUGCAGGGAGCCAUGCAGCGCUUCAACCAGAGGUUCAUCUACGGACUGCAGGAACAGCUCGCACCGACAGCUAAUAAAGAGUUUGAUCCUCUGGGUCCUCUUCCGCAGGGAUGGGAGAAACGGACUGAUAGCAAUCGGAGGAUGUAUUUUGUUCACCAUCCUACAAGAUCCACACAAUGGGAAGACCCUCGAACACAAGGGUUGUUGAAUGAGAAGCCUUUGCCGGAGGGUUGGGAGAUGAGGUUCACAGUGGACGGGAUUCCAUAUUUCGUCGAUCACAACAGGAAAACGACGACAUACAUCGAUCCUCGUACAGGAAAAUCCUCCCUUGAGAACGGCCCUCAGAUCACAUACGUACGAGAUUUUAAAGCUAAAGUGCACUAUUUCCGCUUCUGGUGUCAGCAACUAGCAAUGCCUCAGCACAUUAAGAUCCACGUCAGUCGCAAAACGCUGUUUGAGGACUCCUUUCAGCAGAUUAUGAGUUGCCAUCCUCAAGAUCUGAGACGGAGACUGUGGAUUAUUUUCCCGGGGGAGGAGGGGCUUGACUAUGGAGGCGUGGCCAGGGAGUGGUUCUUCCUGCUGUCACACGAGGUCUUGAACCCCAUGUACUGUCUUUUCGAAUACGCCGGCAAAGACAACUACUGCCUGCAGAUAAACCCCGCCUCCUUCAUCAACCCCGACCACCUCAAAUACUUCAAGUUCAUUGGCCGGUUCAUCGCUAUGGCUCUGUUUCAUGGGAAGUUCAUAGACACGGGCUUCUCUUUGCCUUUUUAUAAGCGUAUCCUGAACAAACCUCUGGCUCUGAAAGACCUGGAGUCCAUCGACCCAGAGUUUUACAACUCGCUCAUCUGGAUCAAGGAUAAUAAUAUAGAGGACUGUGGCUUGGAGAUGUUUUUCUCGGUCGAUAAGGAGAUUUUGGGAGAAGUCACCACACAUGAACUCAAACCUGAUGGAGGAAACAUUCAGGUGACAGAGGAAAAUAAAGAGGAGUAUAUCAGGUUGGUGGCUGAGUGGAGGUUGUCUCGAGGGGUCGAGGAACAGACUCAGGCGUUUCUCGAGGGCUUUAAUGAAGUCUUGCCGCAGCAGUACCUGCAAUACUUUGAUGCCAAAGAGCUGGAGGUGAUGCUGUGUGGGAUGCAGGAGAUCGAUCUGGGCGACUGGCAGAGGAACAUCAUCUACAGACACUACACUCGCAGCAGCAAACAGAUCGUCUGGUUCUGGCAGUUUGUGAAGGAGAUAGACAACGAGAAGAGAAUGCGUCUGCUGCAGUUUGUGACCGGCACGUGUCGACUUCCUGUCGGGGGAUUCGCUGACCUCAUGGGGAGCAAUGGGCCGCAGAAGUUCUGUAUUGAGAAAGUGGGAAAAGAAAACUGGCUGCCCAGGAGCCACACAUGCUUUAACCGUCUGGAUCUGCCGCCGUAUAAAAGCUACGAGCAGUUAAAGGAGAAGCUGCUAUUUGCCAUCGAGGAAACAGAAGGCUUCGGUCAGGAGUGAUGCAUGCAUGCACCGUUGCAUCCUUUAAAGCCUUUCCAGGACAACACACAGCGAACCGGGAACGAGGGAUAAACACUAAUUAUCUGUUCGCUACUGUUUGCUCACCAUACACUUCUGAUUUUAGUCAAUGGUGGAUGCACAGCUCCGCAGCCGGACUGAAGAUCUGCACACCUUGGCUCACUCUAUACAGACUGUGUGACCCUUGUGUUAACCCAUUAAUGACUGCCGCCUCUCCCUUCUCUAGUAACACAUAUGCAACACACUUUUCCCUAGAAGUUUGAGUUUGCAUGGUGUGUGUCUGAUGCAAAGUGUGUACAUGCAAAACGGAGUGCAAGACGGUUUUAUUACACCCCUGCAUAUCUGCACCUUCAUACAGAUAUUACUCAUUAGAAGACAUAGGCUUUCCCAAUUGAAAAGGGUUGCACUUUAUUAGUGAAAACACUAGGAUUGAGCGAAUACAGCUAAUAUGAUACAUGCAACAAGUCAACAUUUCAACUCAGGAUCAAGAGAAAUUAUAAGAAAAUAACUCACUAUUAAAAAAUGUGGACGUUAUUGUCAUGAAAAUGACUAGUGCGAUGCAAGCACAUCUCAUUCUCACUACUGGAAAAAACUGGAUGGGCUUCACGUUCUCCAUGCAAAAUAUAAUAGUUUUUGAUUUUUGGGUGAACCAUGGCCUGGACAUACCUACAGAAAGAAUAUAUCUAUGCACAUAUGGUUGGAUAAACAUAUAGCAAUAGCCCAAGAUUUCCCACCAAUCUUGAAUUCACAAGCCACAUGACCGAAGCUGUAACGUUAGCUGUUUUAGUAUGAUCAGAUCAUUUUAUACCUCCAA